UGUUUCUAAUUUUGGAUAUCGCUGCUCUUAUCCUUUGAAUUAUGGACAGAACGGCACUUUUCAAAGCCACUGUGAAAACAAUACGGACUAAAAAUAAAGCCCAUGGUGUCAAAGAGGCAGCAAAGGACAUUUUGGGUUUAAAAAGACACAAAGGUGAAUUUGGAACGAAAGCGAAAGAUGUGCUUUACAAUAUUACUAAGCUGAGAGAUUUCCUACUAAAACACCAAAAGAAUUACAUCAAUCCAUUCAGUAACCUAAGUUUAGAGUUGUCUAGUAUGACAGAUGAAGAGCGAGACCAAAUAGACACAGAUGCAGAAUCGUACAUGAAAACAUGCUCAGUUGCUAUACAAACUCUCAAAAGUGAAGCAUUACACCAGAAGAGCAGUGAACAAGUAAUGACUCACAGAGAAGUUGUACUGGAAAUGCUUGGACAAUAUUUAAAAGUGGUUUGCAAGUUGUACAGUGAACAAAGAGCAAUCCGAGUUAAGAGAGUGGUGGAAAAGAAGCGAAUAUCCAGACUGCAACCCGAACAAAAAAGAUUGAAACAAAACUCACCUGGACAGCUUGAUUCUAAAUCCUCUACCUCAGAAGUCAAAGAUGAUGUUUCAAAAGGAGAAUCUACAAGUCUAGCACAACCAUUAGAUUUGGCCCCUCCUCCUGCUGGGGAGGAUGAGGAAUUGACAGCAGAGGAAAUUCAGAUGUUUGAAAUGGAAAACCAGAGGUUGUUUACAGAAAUGAACAGUUUGGUGGAUGAAGUGAGGCAAAUUGAAGGAAAAGUGGUAGAAAUAUCUCAGCUUCAAGAAAUCUUCUCUGAAAAGGUUUUACACCAGUCUGCACAGAUUGACAGAAUACAUGAAAAGGCAGUAGGAACAACAGAAAAUGUCAAGGGAGGAAAUGAACAGAUAAGAGAGGCUAUCAAGAACAAUGCCAGCUUCAGAGUUUGGAUACUUUUCUUUCUGGUGAUGUGUUCACUAUCCUUGCUCUUUCUUGACUGGUACAGCUAAAUGGGGAAAAGUGCUUUGAAGUAAAGUCAAUUUUAAUUGGAUCUUAUACAAAGAAAAAAAAUUGAAUUUCAUUCUGCCCAGAGCUGUGAUGGAUAAAACAUCACUUCUUUUUUUCAACCUAGAACAGAAAAGUAACUUUCAGAGUUAGAAUUUCAAAAAGCAUUUAAUAACAGAAUGGUGGUAAUGGUGCUUUUAAACCAGAAUGAUUUCCAUUGCAGUAAAAUAAAUUAAUUUUUUACCAUUUUGUGUCAUGAUGUUCUUUCUUACAUUCAUCUUAUUGUGCGUAGAAAAUUUGAAGUAAGUCUGUUUAGGAUCAAAAUGAAGUGGUCAAAUGUUACAGACUUGUAAUUAAUGAUGGUUGGUUGCACAGUUUCUAAGUGUUUUUUAAUUGGUUAUCACUAAUUAAAUGUUCAAUUGGUGCUAAACAAUCUAUGUCUGAGUGACAACUUCCAUAUUUCAUCAAAUAAGCAGCCACUCUUAAUAAGUGCCCUUCCCCAGAAAAAGCACCCACCACCUAAGUCAUAUUGUCAAACAAGUGCCCCCCACCCUCACUUUCCUAAUAGUAGGGAUACAAGGAAAACCUGUUUCUCUAACCACUUUAUUUACAACUUUUUAAGCUUGAAUUACAGUGGAAUCAGAACAGGAGAAUUCCAGUUCUUUCUAUCUCCAUGUGCUUGCAUAGUUCCUUUGUGUGGGUUAUCUGUACUUUUAAUUUGUCCUAUUGCUAUGCAAGAGAAGAUUCACCCCCCCUUGAUAAUAGCACCUUACUUCCAUUAAGCACUCCUCCAUUUAGUCAGUAUUUUGAAUGAACAAUCGUGUGUUAUUCAAGGAAAUAUAGUAGAUAUGAACUGGGUUUUUCAAACUACUCAUAGAUUAUGAUUACUUCAGUACUAUUGUUAUAUAUCUCAGGCAGUAAAUAUUCAUCAUUAAAAAAAAUUUAUCAUAAAGAUCUAUACUGUUUAUAAAUUAGAAGGGUUAAAUAAUUUUGAAAUUAUAUUGGGCAGACCACUUUAUCACUGUUAAAUUAAAUGUGGUUAAGCUCAAGAUUAGGUAAAGCCUGUUUACCAGCCAAGUGGCCUAUUGGACUGGUGCUUAAAUGCAGCAUCAGUGGCACAAAGCAACUAUAAUAAUAAUAAUAAUAAUAAUAAUAGUAGUUUAUUCACAAUUAAUCACACACAGAAAGCAAACAAAAACUAACAAACAAUACAUUAACACAAAAAAUUCAUGAAAAAUUGUGAAUGGAGGUAGAAAAGGUUAUCCCUUUCUAGUCCACCUCCUUAACAUAAUUUUAUAUAGCAAUAUUAAAAAAUCCUAAUUCCUUAUCUAUAAAUUCAAAAACUAUACAUACAAGUAGGUAUACUUAUAUAAUAAAAGUUUAAAAUGGUAAUUAGUUUAAAUCGUGUUUUAAGAAAAUUCAUUAACUAGCUUAUUUCUAAAAGUUCUUAAGUCUUGCUUCAGCGGUCUCUUUUCUUAAAUUGCUCCAUAAAUUAACAAUGCGAAGGAAGAAAGAAAGAGUGUUUAUAGCAAUUUAACUUAGCAGAUUUCGUCUUAAGCUUGAAGCGAUGGUUGGAUCUCAGCGGUCUGUAUUUGUCCGCAAAGCUAAGGAAUUCGUAUGGAUUCAGACAAUUCAGUCCAUUUAUUGUCUUGUAGCAUUCAGUGAGUGAUGAUAAAGUUCUCCUUUCUUCUAAUGAUAGCCAUUUAAGUCAUUUCAAUCGAUCUUCAUACAACACAUUAUUUGCAGUUAUAACUAGGAGUAUUUCUACUCCCUACUGGAUGGAAUGCAAGUCCAUCACAAAGUUACCCCCAGCAUUAAAUUUGCCUGUACCCAAGAACACAACAAUGCGCCCCUGGCCAGGGCUUGAACCCAGACCACUUGAUCUGGAGUCAAGCAUACUGAUCAUGAGGCCACCAUGCCUCCCUGACUUAAGAUUAGGACCAACAGAAAUAAAGUGGUUUAUCAAUCCCUUGGAUAUAAAUAAUAAAUUCACUUUGACACAAAGUUCAAAAGUGCAUUGGUUUUACUGCCAUGUCAAAAAAACUUGCAUUCCCCACCAAACAGUGACAAAAGAUAUGUGGUCACCUUUAGAAAAAUAUUUUUCUCCAACUAGAUUAGAAACAUUUCUGAUAAUCACUAUUUUUUUUUUUUUUUUAGAUUAUAGCACAAACAUUUAAUUUUUAAGUUUAAAAUAAAUUUAAAAAAUUAUUAAUUCUCAAAAAAAUACUAGUACAAGAAUAGGUUAUUAUUUCUGAAAAAUAAUUCUGUAAAGUAGAAAAUAUUCCAUUGAGCCAGUAUUCAGGCAUGUCCUUUCAAUUUUUUCCACACCAUUUGGAGCUUUGAAUCUUAAUGUUAUUAACCUUAAAAAACUUCUGUCAACAGAGGUUAUCAAAUCUAAUUCUAGGUUACACACCUGCAUAUGAUAAUGAAAACUAAAGCACUAUGCUGAAAACCUCUUUAUAACUAUGUGUUGUAGUUAGUGUUGAAGGAACUCUUAAAAAAUAAAGUUGAGAGGCUGGCAUUAUCUAUUCAAGAAGCCAGGUGUCAUUUCGCACAUGUCUCAUCUGCAUUAUUUUCAUGGCACAGAUCUCAUCUGCAUUUUUUAUUACACCAUGAAGAUUUUACCUAGUACAUCAGUAAACUACACCUGUCCAUUUGUUUCAUUCAGUAAGGGUAUGGUAAAAAAAAAGUAAUGCAUUUAAACACACCAGGCACAAUGGAGCUGACUUGAAGACCUAUAUAUAGUGUCUUAGCUGUCCAUUAAAACCACUUUGGAUGAUGCAACAUACAAACUUAUUACUAAGAAUUAAUUCAUUAAUAAAACUUAAGAAUUCAUUAAUUAAUAAAACUGGGUAAAUCCAGGUGCGCAAUAUCAAAGUCAUCUGACUUUGCAACAAAGUGGUUUGAAAUCUGAAACGUUUAUCCUAAAUUUAAUUACACAUAAGAACUACAGUUGCUGAUAGCCCUUCUUCAUAUUUACAUCAGAAAAGUUAAUUUCAACUACAGUGGCCCAUUUCUCAAAAGUCCCAGUAACUUAAUGGGCCUGAAGCCAUGUUUAAAAAUCAAAAUUCAAAGAAAAGAAAA